CCCACGUCAGAGUCGUAGGUGGGUGUCUCUGGUAUAAAGGCAACGCUCAUAGCUCUGCCCUCAGUACACAACUGAGCGCUGUAGAUCACCAACGAAACUUUAAGUCGUAAACAGUUUUUCAAGAAUAAAUCAAGUGAAAGGCAACAUGGCACCCAUCUGCAGUCGGACUUCACUUUCCAACAACUCUUCCACAUCAUCAAACAUGACCAGUUGUCACUGUAACUCUUCUACGAACAGUUUAUGGAAUACUUACCUGCCUAUCAGCCGAAGGGGACUUUUCUUCCAAGAUUCUCACUUCGGUCAUGCACAUGCUCUCUUCGAAGACGCCCUCCGGCAGGUACUUGGGAGCUGGGGCGAGACAGAGUUCCUCACUGACAAAUUGGAUGAUACCAGUUUCCGGUUAUCUAACAAUCUCAGUCGCUACAGACAGCUACGGGCACAAAACCUGAAGGAAGAGAACCUAGCCAUUACUGCCUCCUCCGACAACACUUGUCAUAAGAUCGUGGUGGAUGUUCAUGAUUUCAUGGACGGGGAAGUGAAGGUGAAGAUUGUUGGGGAGAAAGAAGUAUUGGUGGAGGGUCACGUAGAGAAAACAAAGAACGGAAGCUCCGCGUCCUCCCACAGUUUCAGACGCCAGUUCAUCUUGCCACACAUGACCAACAUGGAGGCCGUCACUGCCGUGUUGUCCUCUGAUGGUAUACUAACAAUUACUGCUCCUAAAAUAGUAAAUGAUAUAAAAAAAGAAUGCACAACUAUUCCCAUUCAAGUUGAAGGAAAAGUAAAUGAUCAAGUUGUUGACAGCUCUACCACCUCGUCUUCUCAGGCUGCUUCAAACACCUCGACUUCCUCUACCGACGGUCAGUUUGUUGUGAACCAAAAUGAAGAAUGUGACUGCAAAGGUUGCUGUCAAAAGUACGAAGAGGAAAAGAGCAUCACACGUCUAAAGGAAGCACAAAAGGUUCCUAUUAAGAUCAAUUCAACGCUGGUUAAAAGCGAAUGCAAUUCUCAUUCCAGUGAAGUUCAAAGUUCAAGUGAACAUUCCAGUAAUUUAGGUGAAAUAUCUAAACAAGAGUCUCAGUGCAAAACCAAUAACGAAAUGAAGAACAAUUCUGACACGGAAGUUCACACCGAGAAAUCUUCAUCAACAGCCACAGAAAUCCGUAAUGUUCCCUUGUCCAAGUCCAGUUUUCUACCAAUCACUAGACGGGGACAGUUCUUCAAUGACUCGUUCUUUGAGAAUAGUAGAAAUGAUUUCCAAAAUGCUGUUAACGAGAUACUGAGGAAGUGGGGCGAGACAGAUGUCCUCACUGACAGAUGGGAUGACACCAACUUCCUUAUAUCCAACAAUCUCAGUCGCUACAGACUGCUAAGAGCGAAAAAUCUAAAGGAGGAGAACCAAGCCUUCACUGUUACCACAGACAGUACAUGUCAUAAGAUAGUGAUGGACGUUAAUGAAUUCAUGGACGGGGAGGUCAAGGUGAAGGUUGUCGGAGAAACAGAAGUGGUAGUGGAGGGACGCAUGAAGACAAACAAUGGUGAAUUCUCUCUGUCUUGCCAGAGUUUCAGGCGUCGCUUUUCUGUGCCUGACCUGACUGACACGAAGGCCAUUACGUCUGUCAUGUCAUCUGAUGGCAUUCUCACCAUCACCAUUCCGAUUGCUGUAAGCCAAAUAAAGGACACCACUACCACCAUUCCUAUCACAAUACAGGGAGAUUUAAAUACUCCUACCGAUGCAAAGAUUACUAAAACCACUGUCUCUGAAGGUGCCUCGGGUAAUUCUGCCUCAUCCAGCAUCUCACAAAAGUUUGACACGAAAGAAGAUAAAUGUGAGGCUCAGGAAUGUCAAAAGAAAAAGUGUCACCAAAUCACAAACGAUUCCACAGGAACCGCUAGAGCACAAAAUGACGGGAAUGUGAAGUUGUCAAGUGUUUCUGCACAAUCGAAUUGUACAUCUCACUCUCAGCACUCUGACGAGAAACAGUCUACUUCUCAGUCAAGUGCAAUGCACAUCCCCAUGGUGACAGCUCUUCCCAUCACAACAAGGGGUCUCUUCUUCAAUGAUUCAUUCUUCCAAGAUGCAUGGAAAGAUUUUCAAGAAGCUGUCAAGGAGGUGGUGUCAAAGUGGGGUAAAGGGUGUUCUGCCAACGACGACAUGACCAGCUACAGGAGCCUACGAUCUCGUGACAUGAGGGACGAGAAUCAGGCUGUGAAGUCUUCCCAGGACGAGUUCAAUUAUAAGUUUCUUGUGGAUGUCCAGGACUUUACAACUGGUGGGGACAUCUCCGUUAAGGCAGUGAACGACAGAGAGUUGAUGGUGGAGGGUCGAGUUGAGAAAGAAGAAGCUGGUUCCAAGUACACAAAGAAGUUUCUUCGUCGUUUUGUUGUGCCAAGGGAUAUUCAUUUAGAAUCAGUGUCAUCAGUCAUGUCUGCAGAUGGUGUCCUAACUAUCACGGCGCCUAAGAAGCCUAAAUCACUUCAUAUCAAGGAAGUUAUUGUGCCUAUGAGCGUAGAGGAAGGAAACCAAGAAACAGAAAGUCUUAACCAGUCAUCAAGUGAUUCAUUGAAGACAAGAGUUGAAACACAGACUCGAGAACCGACCCCGGCAGUCAGCAUCAAGGCCCAUGAUUCCUCUGAUUCAUCAACUGUAAAUUUCUUCUCGGGCUCAUCAGCUGACACUAAGGCUUCUUUACAUGAGGAAUCUUCAACUCAACACAACUCUUCUCUUGCCUCAGCCACGGUCGGUCGUGGGCGAGAGCACGUCAUUCCAGUUCAUGUAGUUGAGGAAAACGAAUCUCAGACUGAAACAUCUGAUAAGAAUAGCAUGAAAACUAAGGAAGAAAAAUCUUUCUCCAUUCAGGAGAAGCAAAAGGUUUCGGCAGUAAACAAAAUUCUUACUGAAGAAAAUGUGAAUGAGAAGAAUGUCAGUAAGGCCGAUGUAAAACCUGAAGUCGCUCCCGACCUCCAAGGAACUGAGACUGAUCAUCAAGUCAGCAGGUUGGAAACUCGUUCCAAUGCCAAUAAAAAUAUGAAUAUUAACAUAGACAAGAAUAUGUCAAACGUGAAUCAAUACAACCGUCGUCAAGGUCUGAAAUCAAGUUCUCUCUUUGAAAACAGAGCUUUGCCCAUAAGUUUGAAAGGAGCCUUCUUCAAUGAUUCCUUCUUCAAAGAUGCCAGGGAAAAUUAUGUGGCUGCUGUCAAGGAUGUGCUGAAGAGGACAAAAAGAGGAUCCUUCCAAUGCGACGACAUCACUACCUACCGGAAUCUGCGACAGCUCGAUCUAAGAGAGGAGAAUCAAGCCGUCCGUGUAGAGGAAGAUCAACAGUCCUUAAAGAUUGUCGUCGACGUGUAUGACUUUAUUGGAGGUGAUGUGAAGGUUGAAGUUGUUGGAGGUAAAGAAGUUGUGGUUGAAGGACGAGCCAAUAAAGAAGAAGGAACAUCAGUGGCCGCACAGACCUUCCUACUACGCUUCUCUCUUCCUCCCAGUGUCGACCUGGAGGCUAUUACCUCCGUCAUGUCCUCAGAUGGCGUCCUCACCAUCAUCUCCCCGAAGUUGCAACAUUCAAGUGAAACUGGCGCUAGAAGCAAGCAGAUGUUUAUGGAAAGUAAAUCAAGGAAGGAUGCUCACAGCGACGGAGGCCAAGCAUGGGAGGAAAAAAAUGUGCGAAAGUCCGCUCAAGAAUCUGAGGGAUGCAGUUCACGCACCAUCAGCAGCACACACCGCUCCCACCAGCAAUAUUCCUCCAAUAAACCAUUUUUCGUAAACAGUUUUUCAAGAAUAAAUCAAGUGAAAGGCAACAUGGCACCCAUCUGCAGUCGGACUUCACUUUCCAACAACUCUUCCACAUCAUCAAACAUGACCAGUUGUCACUGUAACUCUUCUACGAACAGUUUAUGGAAUACUUACCUGCCUAUCAGCCGAAGGGGACUUUUCUUCCAAGAUUCUCACUUCGGUCAUGCACAUGCUCUCUUCGAAGACGCCCUCCGGCAGGUACUUGGGAGCUGGGGCGAGACAGAGUUCCUCACUGACAAAUUGGAUGAUACCAGUUUCCGGUUAUCUAACAAUCUCAGUCGCUACAGACAGCUACGGGCACAAAACCUGAAGGAAGAGAACCUAGCCAUUACUGCCUCCUCCGACAACACUUGUCAUAAGAUCGUGGUGGAUGUUCAUGAUUUCAUGGACGGGGAAGUGAAGGUGAAGAUUGUUGGGGAGAAAGAAGUAUUGGUGGAGGGUCACGUAGAGAAAACAAAGAACGGAAGCUCCGCGUCCUCCCACAGUUUCAGACGCCAGUUCAUCUUGCCACACAUGACCAACAUGGAGGCCGUCACUGCCGUGUUGUCCUCUGAUGGUAUACUAACAAUUACUGCUCCUAAAAUAGAAAAUGAUACACAAAAAGAAUGCGCAACUAUUCCAAUUCAAGUUGAAGGAAAAGUAAAUGGUCAGGUUGUUGACAGCUCUACCACCUCGUCUUCUCAGGCUGCUUCAAACACCUCGACUUCCUCUACCGACGGUCAGUUUGUUGUGAACCAAAAUGAAGAAUGUGACUGCAAAGGUUGCUGUCAAAAGUACGAAGAGGAAAAGAGCAUCACACGUCUAAAGGAAGCACAAAAAGUUCCUAUUAAGAUCAAUUCAACGCUGGUUAAAAGCGAAUGCAAUUCUCAUUCCAGUGACGUUCAAAGUUCAAGUGAACAUUCCAGUAAUUUAGGAGAAAUAUCUAAACAAGAGUCUCAGUGCAAAACCAAUAACGAAAUGAAGAACACUUCUGACACGGAAGUUCACACCGAGAAAUCUUCAUCAACAGCCACAGAAAUCCGUAAUGUUCCCUUGUCUAAGUCCAGUUUUCUACCAAUCACUAGACGGGGACAGUUCUUCAAUGACUCGUUCUUUGAGAAUAGUAGAAAUGACUUCCAAAACGCUGUUAACGAGAUACUGAGGAAGUGGGGCGAGACAGAUGUCCUCACUGACAGAUGGGAUGACACCAACUUCCUUAUAUCCAACAAUCUCAGUCGCUACAGACUGCUAAGAGCGAAAAAUCUAAAGGAGGAGAACCAAGCCUUCACUGUUUCCACAGACAGUACUUGUCAUAAGAUAGUGAUGGACGUUCAUGAAUUCAUGGACGGGGAGGUCAAGGUGAAGGUUGUCGGAGAAACAGAAGUGGUAGUGGAGGGACGCAUGAAGACAAACAAUGGUGAAUUCUCUCUGUCUUGCCAGAGUUUCAGGCGUCGCUUUUCUGUGCCUGACCUGACUGACACGAAGGCCAUUACGUCUGUCAUGUCAUCUGAUGGCAUUCUCACCAUCACCAUUCCGAUUGCUGUAAGCCAAAUAAAGGACACCACUACCACCAUUCCUAUCACAAUACAGGGAGAUUUAAAUACUCCUACCGAUGCAAAGAUUACUAAAACCACUGUCUCUGAAGGUGCCUCGGGUAAUUCUGCCUCAUCCAGCAUCUCACAAAAGUUUGACACGAAAGAAGAUAAAUGUGAGGCUCAGGAAUGUCAAAAGAAAAAGUGUCACCAAAUCACAAACGAUUCCACAGGAACCGCUAGAGCACAAAAUGACGGGAAUGUGAAGUUGCCAAGUGUUUCUGCCCAAUCGAAUUGUACAUCUCACUCUCAGCACUCUGACGAGAAACAGUCUACUUCUCAGUCAAGUGCAAUGCACAUCCCCAUGGCGACAGCUCUUCCCAUCACAACAAGGGGUCUCUUCUUCAAUGAUUCAUUCUUCCAAGAUGCAUGGAAAGAUUUUCAAGAAGCUGUCAAGGAGGUGGUGUCAAAGUGGGGUAAAGGGUGUUCUGCCAACGACGACAUGACCAGCUACAGGAGCCUACGAUCUCGUGACAUGAGGGACGAGAAUCAGGCUGUGAAGUCUUCUCAGGACGAGUUCAAUUAUAAGUUUCUUGUGGAUGUCCAGGACUUUACAACUGGUGGGGACAUCUCCGUUAAGGCAGUGAACGACAGAGAGUUGAUGGUGGAGGGUCGAGUUGAGAAAGAAGAAGCUGGUUCCAAGUACACAAAGAAGUUUCUUCGUCGUUUUGUUGUGCCAAGGGAUAUUCAUUUAGAAUCAGUAUCAUCAGUCAUGUCUGCAGAUGGUGUCCUAACUAUCACGGCGCCUAAGAAGCCUAAAUCACUUCAUAUCAAGGAAGUGAUUGUGCCUAUUAGCGUAGAGGAAGGAAACCAAGAAACCGAAAGUUAUAACCAGUCAUCAAGUGAUACAUUGAAGACAAGAGUUGAAACACAAACUCGAGAACCGACCCCGGCAGUCAGCAUCAAGGCCCAUGAUUCCUCUGAUUCAUCAACUGUAAAUUUAUCCUCGGGCUCAUCAGCUGACACUGAGGCUUCUUUACAUGAGGAAUUUUCAACUCAACACAACUCUUCUCUUGCCUCAGCCACGGUCGGUCCUAGACGGGAGCACGUCAUUCCAGUUCAUGUUGUUGAGGAAGACGAAUCUCAGACUGAAACAUCUGAUAAGAAGGAAGGAAAAUCUUUCUACAUUCAGGAGAAGCAAAAUGUCUCGGCAGUAAACAAAAUUCUUACUGAACAAGAUGUCACUGAGAAGAAUGUCAGUAAAGCCGAUGUAAAACCUGAAGUCGCUCCCGACCUCCAAGGAACUGAGACUGAUCAUCAAGUCAGCAGGUUGGAAACUCGUUCCAAUGCCAAUAAAAAUAUGAAUAUUAACAUAGACAAGAAUAUGUCAAACGUGAAUCAAUACAACCGUCGUCAAGGUCUGAAAUCAAGUUCUCUCUUUGAAAACAGAGCUUUGCCCAUAAGUUUGAAAGGAGCCUUCUUCAAUGAUUCCUUCUUCAAAGAUGCCAGGGAAAAUUAUGUGGCUGCUGUCAAGGAUGUACUGAAGAGGACAAAAAGAGGAUCCUUCCAAUGCGACGACAUCACUACCUACCGGAAUCUGCGACAGCUCGAUCUAAGAGAGGAGAAUCAAGCCGUCCGUGUAGAGGAAGAUCAACAGUCCUUAAAGAUUGUCGUCGACGUGUAUGACUUUAUUGGAGGUGAUGUGAAGGUUGAAGUUGUUGGAGGUAAAGAAGUUGUGGUUGAAGGACGAGCCAAUAAAGAAGAAGGAACAUCAGUGGCCACACAGACCUUCCUACUACGCUUCUCUCUUCCUCCCAGUGUCGACCUGGAGGCUAUUACCUCCGUCAUGUCCUCAGAUGGCGUCCUCACCAUCAUCUCCCCGAAGUUGCAACAUUCAAGUGAAACUGGCGCUAGAAGCAAGCAGAUGUUUAUGGAAAGUAAAUCAAGGAAGGAUGCUCACAGCGACGGAGGCCAAGCAUGGGAGGAAAAAAAUGUGCGAAAGUCCGCUCAAGAAUCUGAGGGAUGCAGUUCACGCACCAUCAGCAGCACACACCGCUCCCACCAGCAAUAUUCCUCCAAUAAACAAUUUUAAU